UUUCGGGAAGUAUAUAUAAAAUUGAGAAAAGGGGGAAGAACGUAAAAAUUACAUGUAUAUGGAAGUAUAGACGACAUUCCCCGAACUGAGAGAAUCGAAAAAGAAAAAAAUGAAAGCAGGGAUUGAAGAAGCUGCAGCUGAUGAGCAAACCCAGGUGCCUCCUGUAGGUGGCUCCCCCGGACCUAAUGAAAGUAUGCAGAUGUUUCCAGUUAUGUACCCAGUACUUAUCCCUCCUCUGCAGCAGGCUCAAGAUCAAGUGAACCGUAGAGGAGGCCUUUAUGCUGUUCCAACAUAUCCUUUUAUGGGUCCCAUGUCGGCAUUUCCACCGACCACCCUUAUUCCCUUCACAUACAAUGUGCCAACGGGUGCACCAACUUCUGAGGCUGGACAAAUGGGUGGGGAGCAAGGCCAAGUACGACAACAAGAACAACAGCAGCAACAACCCGGACAACAAAGACAGGUUGUAGUAAGAAGGUUUCAGAUUGCAUUUCAGAUUGACUUGUUUCUGAUUUUAAAGCUGGCAGCUGUAAUCUUUCUAUUCAACCAAGAUGGAUCGAAACAGAGGCUUUUCCUCCUUGUGUUUUUUGCUGCACUUAUAUAUCUGUAUCAAACUGGAGCCCUUGCGCCAUUGGUUCGAUGGCUGUCACAAGGUAUGCAGAGAGCAGCUGCACCUCCUCAACCUCCAAGGGCAGCUGGAAGGCCUGAUAACAUCAAUGGGGAUGCUGCUUUGGCAGGUGGUCAGCCUGGAGCCGAGAAUGAGAAUCAUGCCGAGAACAAUGGACAGCAGGCAGUUAUGAACGAUCAAGAACCUGGCAUAGGCAAUGAUGGGAAUCGCUGGUGGGGCAUUGUAAAGGAGGUCCAAAUGAUUGUUUUUGGGUUUAUCACUUCACUUCUUCCUGGCUUUCACAACAUUGAUUAGACUGGCAAUAUAUGUAGCACCAGUUAUAAGAAACUUGUCAGACGAAGAAAGUAAAAGGGUGUAAACUUCUUUAAUACUUAAGUAUUUCUAAUUAACAAAAAUAUUACAGCACAUGGGUGGGAUGCACUUUAAUCCAAUAUGAGUACCUGCAUUUCAUCUUGUAAAAGUUGAUCUCCAUGACAGGAGCAGCAUUUGAGUUGCAUGGUUAACAAUUUACUUUUUUUUUA